AGCCCUCGUACAAGUGUGGUCAUUCAGUGGUUGGGAACAGUGCUUGGUUUUCAUCUCACUUUCAUGUGGAGGCUCAGAGGAAGACGGAUCGGCCGUGACUUGGGUCGACGAUGGCUACGUCCUGGCGUUAUGGUUUACAGAUUGCUUUUGUUUGUCUUUUAUGUGUAGCCGAUUGUUUUCAGCCAAAGUCUGAUUUCUGUGAUUCAAGUUGUACAGCUUUUCCUACCUCUGACGUGUCCUAUCAGACAGGGGUGAGGUAUACUUACAGGUAUAGAACAGCAAUCACCACAUCUCUACGCGGAUCUAAUGCUGGCAGAAAUGGACUAGUACUGGACUGUGUGGUUGAUAUUGAUGUAGUUUCCAAGUGUCAUCUAAUAAUGCAGAUAAGGAAUCCACAGAUAAAACGCCUUUCCCCUCAAAAGGAACAUUCUGUGCCCCACUUAAAACGUUUGAGGGAGUCGCUGGAGAGAACGCGCCUCAAGUUUUCCCACCAGGGAGGAAAGGUCGUUGCUUUAUGUAUCCAGGAGGGAGAGCAGGUGUGGACGCUCAACAUUAAAAGAGCUUUUCUGAGCAUGCUCCAGACCUCCCGCACGACAUCCAAACAUUGCCCUGUCAUGUAA